AUGUCUCACCACGGAUAUCGCCAUUCUCGGAUCGGGAGGAUCAUCAAUGCAAAGCAUCGACAUGAGGCUGGUGACGGAGAUGUAGUGGAUGACUCGAACCCAAUUGUACAGGACGUGGCCGAAGCGCAAAAGCCUCUGGUAUCUGAAGUCACAAUAUUGGCCGAGCCAUGCUACCCGUUGCUGGAUAAGGCGUGUCUGGAGAAUAGAGCCACCCUCUCCGAAGACUUCCUGGUAAAACGACAAGCGGAAUCAUCCCAAACCUUAGCUGAAGUGCCGACUGUAGUGCAAGUGGUGGAGAGCGCCUCCCAAACUUCAUGGCCAUCCACCGGAAUGGAUUUUCCAAUGACCAAUUCAACCACAGCUCUCCUUAGCGUGACGAUCUCAGUGAGUGAUUCGUUGCUGGUGUCUUCUCCAACAGACUCUCCAAUCACGUCGAUCACGUCGCCUGCUACUCAGAUCACGACUACGGCUACAGCAACGGCAACGGCUACAAGCAAGCAGCGUGUACCUAUCUCGUCGCCCAAGGUUUCUGCGGCUGCUAGCUCUCAGCCUCAUACUUCUACUCCCCUGGUUUCAUCUGCCAGCAGCCCGACAACUUCAUCUACGACCAGUACCCCAACUGUGAACAGUGUUUACUAUCAUCCCUCGUCAUACUCAUCUUUUUACUCCGACUCCGACACUACCACUUCGUGGACUGGCUACUAUUCAAGCUCGAUGCAAUCGCCAUCUUCAUCUACGGGACUGUAUGGAGGUGCUGUGCAGACUGGUCUUAAUUCUGGCUCCGGAGUCGACGAUGGAUCAGGGUCAUCCACGAACACAGGGUCCUCAGGCUCAGGGUCUUCUAUCUCCCCUACAACAUCCAAAAUCGUGGGCGGAGUUGUGGGUAGCGUUGCAGGUCUGGCUUUACUUUUCGCUCUUCUCUUUUAUAUCCUCCGCCGACGCGGUUACCUCCAGCGCUUUUUAAAGGACCAAGGAACCGAGACCCUUCCAUCCAGCGAUGCUGGGACUGCUGCUACCAGAGAAAUGUCCGAGAGACCCUCAAGCGUUCUUACCACUUCGUACCUGGCUCCUGCCUUCAUGAAGCGCUGGCGCCAGUCCACCAUGACCACAAAGACCGACAGCACAAUUGAUUCCAAUUCCAGCGAACGCGGAUUUCAAAAGAUUGCUGGCCGAAAGAUUCCUCCCGUCCUCACUCAUGGAGGAGAUGGCUUUGGCGGUGGACUAGAUGGCGAUUCACCCACCGUCCCUGACUAUCUAAUUGGUCUAUCUCCCCCAUCCCCCGGUGCAGGACCAAGUGGAGGCAACCUAUCUUCUCCGGGUGGAGGUCCGCCUCCAGCUUCUCCGUUCGGCUCACCACUUGAUACGAACUACACCCGGGAAGCGGACGAAUUUCCACCCCCAGAACGGCCCAAGAUCCAACUACCAGUCUCCAGCUCAGUGAAUUUCGGCUCUCCGACCAUGGUCACAUCUUCUCCCCAUCUUAUUCCUCAACCUCAAAGUGCGGUGCCUGUACAGCGCGAUUCAGUGGGACGAAGCCAUCCAAGCCUUGACGGAAGCCGCGGCAGCCGCUUCACGGAGAGUUUGGAUCUGUGA